AUGGUUGUAGACAGUACUUAUUACGAUGUCCUGGGCAUCUCUGUUACCUCAACUGAGUUAGAGAUUAAGAAAGCUUACAGGAAGAAAGCUAUCCAACACCAUCCUGACAAGAAUCCAGGAAAUCCUAAGGCUGCCGAACAGUUUAAAGAGAUUGGAGAAGCAUACCAAGUGCUAAGUGACAAGAGCCUGAGAGAGCGAUACGACAGGUAUGGAAAGGAGGAUGCGAUUCCCAAAGAAGGUUUUGAUGAUCCAAGUGAAUUUUUUGCUGGUAUAUUUGGAGGCUCUGCAUUCUCUGAUUAUAUUGGAGAACUCUCUCUGUUACAGGAUCUAACCAAGGCCCAAGAAAUGGAAGAACAUAAGGAAGAAGGAGUCACCUUGACCAUAAAUGAUGCUGAUUUUCUUGGUUUGUCUGACGAGGAUAAGAGGAUUGAGCUUAAGAAAAGAGAGAAAGAACUGGAGAAGAAGAAGAAAGAGGAAAUGGAGAAACUGGAGGAAGAAGCCAGGGUGAAGAGAGAAGCAAUGCAAAAGCAACUGGCUGAGAAGCUGGUACAAAAGCUAUCUUUAUGGACAGAGACAGACAAAGCUGAGGAUAUUACCAAAUCUUUCAAGCAUAAGUUACAAUACGAGGUUGAACUAUUAACUGUAGAAUCUUUUGGAUUGGAGAUUUUGCAUACAAUAGGAAACAUAUACCUUAGCAAGGCCAAGACUCUACUGAAGAAACAGAAGUUUCUAGGUAUUUCAGGUUUUUGGUCAUCCAUGAAAGAAAAAGGUGAGGUUGUGAUGGACACGUUUAGAACUGUUUCUACCGCUAUGGAAGCUCAAGCUCAUAUGGAACUGGUCACAAAGAUGCAAGAAAAGAAAGAGCAAGCACGGAGAGAUGAAGAAGCUGCUGAUAGAAAGAAGGAGAGAAAGGUGGAAAGAGAGAGGCGGAAAGCUGAGGCUUUAUCUCGAGGUGAAGAAUGGCAAGAUGAAGAAAGUGAAGAGGAAUCCGAAACUACUAAGCCUAACUAUGGUGAUAAUGCUAAUAAUGAGAAUGCCACCGGUACCUCUGUAGACGAUGAAGCUCAAGACGGGGAUAGUUCGAAAGAAAAGAAAGAGACUUCUAAGAAGGGUAAAUUUGAUGACAUACCCGUACCUACCGACGAAGAAUUGGCAGAAAUGGAACAGCUGCUAAUAGGGAAGAUCUUAGCAGCUGCUUGGAAAGGUUCGCAGUUUGAAAUUUCCAGUACAAUAAGAAGUGUCUGUGAUUUAGUACUUUAUGACGAAAACAUCACAUUGGAGAAACGUCUGCAGAGAGCUCAGGCCAUGAUUAUUAUGGGCGAAAUCUUCAGCAAUGCCAAACGAUCUGAAGGAGAAACUGAAGAAGCAAGAAUUUUUGAGCGAUUGGUAGCUGAAGCCACCCAGAAGAAACAUAAAUCUAAAUGA